CGGGGCCUCCUCUGCGCUCCCUCGGCGCCGGGAACAUGGCGGCGGUUGCGGGCAGGAUGCUGCUGCGCGGGGCCGUUCGGGGGCUGCUGCGGCCGCCGCCGGCUGGGGACACCGCUGGCCCGGAGCGCAGCUUCAGCCUCUCCCACAGUCGGGGCACCGUCGUCGUGGAGCGCUGGUGGAAGGUGCCGUUGGCCGGGGACGGCCGGAAGCCGCGCCUGCACCGGCGACACCGCGUCUACAAGCUGGUAGAGGACACGAAACACGGGCCCAAAGGCAACCUGGAGCUCCUCCUCACCCAGUCGGUGGUAGGACUUGGGGUCCGGGGUGACCUGGUCUCAGUGAAGAAAUCUUUGGGCCGGAAUCAGCUGUUGCCUCAAGGUCUGGCUGUAUAUGCAUCCCCUGAAAACAAGAAACUGUUUGAAGAGGAGAAAUUGCUGAGAAAAGAAGGAAAAUUAGAGAAGAUCCAGACCAGGGCAGGUGAGAUGACAGUGAAAUUUCUGAAAAGCUGUCACCUGGAGGUGGGGAUGAAGAACAACGUCAGAUGGGAACUAAACCCUGAAAUAGUUGCCCGCCAUUUCUUCAAAAAUCUUGGUGUUGUGGUCGCCCCACAUGCAUUAAAAUUACCAGAAGAACCCAUUACACAGUGGGGCGAGUACUGGUGUGAGGUGACGGUAAAUGGACUUAACACUGUGAGGGUGCCUAUGUCUGUGGUGAACUUUGAGAGGCCCAAGACCAAAAGAUACAAGUACAGGUUAGCCCAGCAAGCUGCCAAGGGAAUGGCCUCCACCAGCUCCCAGACGAUCUGAACCUGUUCUCCCUCAAAAGCAGAAGAGCAGAACCGGGGCCCUGGGGGACUCAGUGAGCUGACUGCCUGACUGCAGCUCAGGUCAUGGUUUCUCGGUUGGUGAAUUCAACCCCCACAUUGGGCUCUCUGCUGUCAGUGCAGAGC